AUGGUGUACAAGAACUUUCUCACGCGCCGCUGUGCAGCCUACGACUACAUCCAGAUUGGCGAUUUGAAUCAGGUACGGAUAUACUUCUGGAAGAGGAUUUCUGCAGGAUUCACCUCACAGCGUAUUGAAACAAAAAAUGAAAGUAUCGUCGAAUCAUUUAUUGUGAUACAAUCCUCAUUGCAGAUCAUUUUCCAGCGGUUGCAGAACAACCCGGGAAAUUUGGAAUUUCGAUUUUAAAAAGUGAACUGAAAAUCCGAAUUGACAAUGCACUAUCAGGUACAACAACUUGAAGCCAAGUUCGCGUCCAACAAGCCCAGGCAAGGUAUAGCAAGCAGGUGUACGAGGGUGUUUUCGUCUUGGUCCGCAAGAGCAAACUUCGUUGUCGACUACGAGGACUCCGCGAUCGAGAGCCAGGUUUACGACAGACGACGACUCCUCGAUCGCAGGACCAUGGGCAAAGGACAUCGGUAUGACCAACGUCACGUAGGCAGAAUCAAGAAAAGAUGCCCGCAGCCGGAAGCAGUGAUGCGAAUCAGGUAUCAGAUUGAUUUUGGAAAGGAAGUGGAGUUGAAACGGAAAAUGAAAGUAUGUUUGAAGAACUCCGCAGUCGCAGACGAUCAGGAUCACAAAUCCUUAGACAUGGAAACAAAAUCAUUGAUUACAACAAUCUUAAAGGAAUGAAUUUGUUGCAUAAAAUCAACAUAUCAAGACGAUUUGAAAUCUCGAUCCGACAAUCUCAAUCAGGUAUAAUUCGGCAGCGCAGAAACAUACGCAAACGGUUUUACGGACUACAACGGUGCCAACGACAUGGUAA